GUCGAUCUUACACCCUACCAAUCAAUAACAGGAUCCCGCCCACCACGACCAUAGCCUCGACGACAGACGAGACAACCCUUCGAGCACUGCUGCCUCAUGCGGAAGCAGCAACACACCACAACGACAACGACAAUAUGUUCAUCUGGUGUGCCCAGAAGUGCAACAGCAUCAUUGAUAAUGUCAAUGUGUUCGCCGAAAUGGUAGAUAAUUGGCAAAAAACCUGUCAAAUAUCGCAAGCACGAGCAGCUGCCACUGAAGAACCAAAAGGUCAUACAGCACAAGAAAGCAAUCUCAAUCGUGACGAAUCUGCGAACGAGCAACCUACGAACCCUCAGCCUGAAGAUCUCAACGCUCCUGUCGAUAAGUCCGAUCAUUCUCAACAACAGUCAUCGGAAGAGGUAGAACAGCUAGACGAGCCACUCUCUCAAUGUGCCAAAAAGAUCUCAACUGUGUUUCUCUCCACAAGCAGUGUUCAAACCUCCUCCCGCUUGGGAAGGUUUGACAACCAUGGAAUCCUAGCAAAUGACACUGGCGCAGCUUCACUGAUGUCCAUGUGUUUGCAUACUAUGCCAAAGUACCUCGUUGAGCUGCAUCGGGCCCACGGAUCUCAAAGGGAUUAUAGUGACCAUCCUGACUUCAUCCACAGUGUUAUGGAAGACUUGGAAUCCAUCUUCGCAAAUUGGGAUACACGAGAACUUCCAAUGAAAUUCAUCACUCGACAGUAUGCCAUCCAAAUGGUGCAAGACUUGCUCGAGACAGGUUUGAUGCCGACCAAGCUCGCCUACCACAUCAUUGUCGACUUGUUCCACGCUGGCCAAUCCAUGUCAGAUAUCGCAGAACCAUUGACAGAGACUUUAAUAGAAGUGGAGGCGAGAGUUCUCGACACCCCUGCCGACUUGCAAGAUUCCUUUUGCCUCAAAGCCAUUGCAGCCUAUCCACACGGGAGGAUGGAUGCCUUGCACAUCAGCACCUUUUCGCGAUGGCUUAUCAUGCUCUUGGACAAGGUCUCGAAUCCAUACAUGUUGAUGGCAGAAACUAAGUGCUUUCGCAAUCCUACCUAUCUCUCCCCUUUACAGGACGUCGACCUAGAUCUCCUUAUCAAUACGGACUUGACUAGAGCAAUGGUGGCCAAGGCAUUGGGCACUGAUGACUUUUUUCUUGCGAACAGUACUCGGCUCGCUCAAGGUGAGAAGGAACAAACUGACUGGGUGGAUGGAGGGCUUCCCAAGUUGAUGCCAUAUUUCGAUAUCAUGCUGGUAGGGAUACUAGACCACAUACGGACGGUGCGCAUCGGCUCCCAUCAAGAUGAGGUCGCUCUGAAACGGGACAUUAAAGAGCGUCUUCGUUUAGCUGCAGCAACCUAUCCAAAACCGUGGGUUAAUGAACGACUCAUUGGCUAUGUGGCAAUCUUGCUUGGGAUCAGUUUUCGCUGACGUAUCCUAGGAGGGGGCUGACACGAUAUAUAUUAAGCUACUCGGGUUUCCUCGUGAAUUAUCAAUGAGAUUCUAGUCUUUUUGUGGC